AUGGCUGAGCCAGCCUGUGACAAAUCUCCUGAGGAGUGCCUCAGUCCCCAGGAGCCAGAGAGUGUCGAUCGGACGACCCAGAAGCUGAAGAAGCCAAGGUGCCGCAGCAGCCGUCGCCGCCGUAACUCCGGACGCGGACGCGAAGUCAGUUUCGCCACCUAUUUCCCCAGGGUGCUGAAGCAAGUCCACGUGGGUCUCAGCCUUUCCCAGAUGGCGGUGAACGUGAUGGAUUCGUUCAUCAAGGAUAUGUUCGAGCGCAUCGCCAGUGAGGCUGGCCGUCUGGCCCGCCAGAACAAUCGCACGACCAUCACCUCCAGAGAGAUCCAGACGGCUGUGCGCCUCCUGCUGCCCGGGGAGAUCAACAAACACGCGGUGUCUGAGGGCACCAUGGCCCUCCUCAGGCACAUCAGCCACAAGUGA